AUGGCCUACCAGGCGACUAAACCACGCUGGCAUAUUGGCCGGUCCUCCCCAUGACAAUAACGAUAUCGAGGUAACCACCACUGUUAUUCAUAAACACAAGACCCCAACCUCUCGGACCGGCCCCCGCACAACGCACGACGCAGUAAAGCUGGAAACAUCCCACGAUACCCCGCUACUGUACUCCUACAACACUACCAAACUAGGCACCAUAAGGGGCAUCAAGUCCCAUCUCACCGUCCGUCCAGCUCAAAAAUACUACCCAAAUAAUGACGCUCACCAUAUUGUCCCUGAAUGUUAAGGGCCUAAACACCCCCCACAAACGUAGACUAGCGCUAGAGGAGGCGAAAAAACACAAAGCCCACAUAGCGUUCUAUCAGGAGACCCACUUCAAAUGGGGCGCCCGACCCAAGUUCGGCUCCAAACUAUUCCCCCAUGACUACCACUCAUGUUACAAAAAGAAAAAAAGAGGGGUAUCCAUCCUGAUAGGACGACAAGUUGCGUUCUCACUGGUAAAAAAAAUCGGGGAUAAACAGGGAAGAUACCUGUUAGUACAAUGCUAUAUCAAUAAUGAGCCAUACACACUUCUCAACAUAUACGGCCCCCACACCAACCAAACAGAAUUUCUAGAUAGCUUGUUCGCCUUAACCACCCUGCAUAAGUUCGGGGAACUAAUUAUAGGCGGGGAUACUAAUUUCCUUUUAGACUGCACUCUUGACUCCACCUCAGCCCACAAACUAACCGGAGCAUCAGCCCGCAAACAAUACAGAUCCACCUCACGACAUUGCAGCCAGAUCUUACACAAUAACUUCCUAGACCCGUGGAGAAUCCUCCACCCCCUGGAGCGGGACUACACCUUCCACUCCCCGGUCCACAACACCUACACCAGAAUUGACAGAUUCCUCCUACCUACCUCAAUGAUGCAAAAAGUACUAUCUGCCAACAUUGGCCUAAUUACCUGGUCUGAUCAUGCUCCAAUAACCUUGGUCCUAGCGGAACAAUUUCCCACGGCGGGCAAGGGAACUUGGAGACUCAAUGACUCCCUACUAUUAGAUCCAAACGUAGUGGACCAAAUUAGAGCAGACUUAACAUCAUACUUUCACACAAACACAAUACCGGAAACCGACAUAUCAAUGACAUGGCUAGCGCACAAAGCGGUCAUACGUGGCCUCUUCAUUAGAGCAGGUAGCUACGCUAAGAAGCAAAGGCUCAAAGACUAUACCACACUGAUUUCAGAGAUAACAGAUCUCACGCACAAAAAUAAAACCAACCCCACACAAACCCUCCAACACCGCCUUCUCUCACUGCAAACUAAACUCAGAGACCUUGAACUCAAAAAACAACAUACAUACUUCGACGCUUCAAACACAAUUUCUUCACCCAGGGAAACAAGGCAGGAGCACUACUGGCGGCACAACUCCAGGCACGCUCCGCCAACACGAGAAUAGCUUUUAUUAACACACCCUCGAACCAAAAACUCACAAACCCACAAGAUAUAGCAGAUGCAUUUGCCUCCUAUUACGGCACGCUUUACAACCUUAAAGAAGACCCAGAAGUAACACCGCCCCCGCCAGCCCUCAUCCAAAACUUUUUGGCGAAAGCGAAUCUCCCCAAACUGACACCCGACGACAUAACCUCUUUAACAGCACCAUUCACCACACUAGAAAUAGAAAAAACCAUAAAACAACUGCCCAAACACAAAGCACCAGGCCCAGAUGGUUAUACCAAUAUGUACUACCAAACUUUUGCACCCAUCCUAUCCCCCCAUUUAACGGCGCUAUUCAACCAAUCCUAUGAGAAGGGUUCACUGCCCCCCGAGAUGCUGAAAGCUCACAUCUCUACUCUCCCAAAACCAGGCAAACCCCCUACACAAUGCCAUAACUUCAGACCUAUAUCCCUGCUCAAUGGAGACGUGAAGCUCUAUGCUAAGCUCCUAGCAAACCGUAUAUCCAACAUCCUCCCAAAACUGACACAUAAUGACCAAUCCGGAUUCGUUAAAACUAGACAAGGUUCGGAUAAUACCCGAAAGAUUUUAAACAUCCUCACACAAGCCCACACUGACCACACAGAAGGUCUUCUCCUGGCACUAGACGCAGACAAGGCCUUCGACAGGCUCAACUGGGACUACAUGCAAUACGUCCUUCAGGCAUUUGGCUUUACACCACACAUCAUCUCAGGUAUCAUGGCUCUCUACAACAACCCGACAGCACAAGUUGCAAAUGCAGGCUUUCUGUCCACACCAUUCAACAUCUCUAACGGCACCAGACAAGGAUGCCCCUUGUCCCCGCUAUUGUUCGUCCUCUCCCUAGAGCCGUUGGCGUACAUCAUUAGACAUCAUCCAAACAUUAAAGGCAUAUCAGUAGGCCCCAGCGAAUACAAGCUGUCUAUGUUCGCUGACGACAUCCUUCUAACAUUAAGGGAAGUCAACACGUCCCUCCCGACCUUGAUGCAACUCCUACAUACCUACGGUAAAGUAGCAUACUAUAAACUGAACCAAUCCAAGACACAGGCCCUGCCCAUAGGCCUUCCGCACACACAGGUCCAGGAACUCAUGCGAACAUAUAAAUUCGACUGGAGAGCCGACCACAUCACUUAUUUAGGGGUUAAGAUAGCGCCCACAUCGGAACGUAUGUUCCACUACAACUACAAACCACUGCUCCGCUUGUGCAAAGCGGAAUGCCUCAAGUGGAAACCGGUCAAACUGUCAUGGUUAGGCAGAAUCAACACUAUUAAAAUGACUCUCCUGCCAAAACUACUGUACGUGUUUCGCCUCCUACAUAUACAAGCCCCACCCGCCUUCUUUAAACAGCUCCAACGGACCCUGUCCGCAUACAUAUGGGACUCACGCAAACCCAGACUAUCCCAUCGCUUACUGCAGCAGUGCACAGCAGAGGGGGGUGUGGGCCUCCCAGAUAUUUAUACGUAUUACAAAGCAGCCAACCUAGAAACUGCAGUGAAAUUACACACCCCCAAAGGCACAUACCAGUGGGUAGAUAUGGAAGCAGCGAAAUCCGACAAGACACCCCUAGUAGACAUCUUAUGGACCCCCAAAACGCUACGCCCCAAAGACUACCUGUUGUUCCCAACCACAUCACUCACCCUACACCACUGGGACGUGCUCAGGCACUCGCAAAACACCACUCACAAAUUCCACCCACGCACACCGCUGACAGCCCUACGAGCAAUUUCACCGUGGCUCUCACUAAACUCCUGGGUCAAACUGGGAAUUCACAAACUCGACCAGAUCAUGCACCACAACCGCAUCAAACCUUUCCCAGAACUACAACAGGAAUUCAAAUUGACCAACUCCUCAGUAUUCCCUUACAUGCAAAUCAAGAGCAUCAUACCCUCCCACGUGGCAAAAAUCACCACAGAGAUUAACCAGAGCACAAAGGUAGUAGACACACUGUAUGACAGAUGCUGGCACACCCCAACUAAACCCAAAACUCUCGCCCUAUGCUACCAAGUAGCUAUGAAAACAGCUCCACACUACUCCCCUGCCUUCGUGACCCAAUGGCUCGCGGACUGCAAUGAGCCGAUAACUGACAAGGAAGUGGAGGCGUCCCCAACUGCCCUCAAAGGUAUUACACAGUGCUACUCACACAUAGAGGCCCACAAGAAACUAGUAUACAGGUGGUACCUAACGCCCCACAGGCUCCACAUAAUGUACAGCUCUGCAUCACCACUCUGCUGGAGAUGUGGGGAGACAACGGGCACAAUGUUCCACAUCUGGUGGUCAUGCCAACGUAUACGCCCCUUGUGGGACGAAGCGCAAUCCAUCCUACGAACCAUCGGCAUCACAGAACCACCGCUAGACGCCCGUACUGGGUUAUUCCUCUCCUACCCGCACUCAACCUCGAAAGCAGUGAAAUGCAUUAUGGCGAUUACUGCAUUGGCAGUACGAAACCUCAUAGCAAACCAAUGGAAGCAAUCUCACUGCCCUUCUAAAACCCACCUGCUAACCAAAAUCCACCAAUACCACACGUACGAAAACAUGACGACCAAAACUGCCUCACAAAGAAAGUCUUUCCAAGAGUCCUGGGCACCAUGGGUCAGCUACUGGGAUGGGGUUAACACUACCUAAAUACCCAACGCCCUACAAGGAUCAAAGACGGUGUAGGUACCACCGAUGAAGUGCAGAUCCUAGUUGCUAUCCCACAGAGUCCAACUACUUGAAUAGGCCCUACCCCUCCUCCAGCUGCCACAGGGGCUGGUAUUCUCAGAACAACACACCUAUCCCCAGGGUAGACCUAUCCUCUCGUCGCACCACGCAGUGCAACAUAUGACAACACCUACAGCUGGGCAUAUGUAUUCCAGGUAUCACGUUCGCAUGCCACUACCGCAUACCUCCAAAGCAUAUCCCCCCCUCCACCCUCUCCCUGUUUCUCCCCCCCCCCAGUUGCACCCCCAACUCCACACUGCAAAGGAAUCCACUAAACCGGUGUACCAGCCAUAAAUCGGCUCACGACUCCUGAGGUUGUGUCAUUACCCAGACGCAACGAGUCGCACACAGAGAAACUACCUCCACGACCCCAGGCACUACCAAACACCGACCAUGCGAAUCUCAGGUGUCACCGUGUCCCCCCCGGCAUAAUUCAUGCCGACUGUGAUGCAGAAAUUGACACCUGCUAA